AUGACGCUCAUCAGGAUCAGCAACAACAAAACUCUCAAGGGCCACAAGGCCAUAAUCUUUUCAACCGUUGAGCUACCCGAGGCUCAGAUCGACGCUAUUCAGAAACAGUUCCCUGAUCUGACCAUCAAGAUUUUUAUUCAACCAUGGGGUGCACCUCUCGAUCCAAGUUUCAAGGAAGAAGAGUGGCAGGAUACUACUGUCUUACUGACUGCUACCUUAUUGCCAAAGCCAGAGCAGGCGACGCAUUUGCAAUACGUUCAGCUCACGAGUGCUGGUGCCAACCAUCUCAUCAAGGAUCCCCUCUUUACGGAUACAAAGGUUCCAUUCUCGACCGCUAAUGGGGUUCAUGGACCUCAAAUUGCCGAGUGGAUUAUAACUACUUAUCUGUCUCAUCGACUUCACUUAAAGGAGUACUCGAAGCUUCAAGAUGAAGGAAAAUGGAAGCGUCUUCAUCAGGGUGCUGAAGAUACUGAAGACACAGCUGGCAAACGAAUUGGAAUCCUAGGCUACGGCAGUAUCGGCCGUCAAACAGCCCGUCUCUCGAAAGCUUUGGGCCUAGACGUUCACGCUUACACGCUUCACCCUCGCAACACCCCGGAGUCCCGCCGCGAUGACUCCUACACACCUCCUGGCCUCGGUGAUCCAGAGGGUGAAUUCCCUAGCAAAUGGUUCUCCGGCGGAUCCAAAGAAGAGAUCCACGAAUUUCUUGAUUCAGGACUGGACAUCCUCGUCAUCUCAGUGCCAUUGACUGACAAGACCAAGGGAUUGAUCUCGAAGCCUGAGUUUGAAAUUCUCGGUAAGAAGGGGACUUUCCUGAUUAACAUUGCAAGAGGACCUAUCGUCGAUACCGAUGAUCUCAUCGAGGCGCUUAAUUCGGAGACUAUCAAGGGUGCAGCGCUUGAUGUCACUGAUCCUGAGCCUUUGCCGGAUCAGCAUCCACUGUGGAGUGCGAAGAAUGUGACUAUUACGCCACAUAUCAGUGCUGCUUCCUCAUUUUACUAUACGAGGCUGUUGGAUAUUUUUAGAUUAAACCUUGAGAGGUUGAGUCAGGGACGAACUGAUUUCAUCAACAAAGUCAACCGGAAGGAAGGUUAUUAG